UAAUCAAAAUCCUUUCAACAAAUGGCUCUUCUUCUUUAAAAUCCUAUCUUGAGUUGAAAACAAAAUUACAAAAAAAAAAAAAAAAUUCGUUUUUUUUCUCAAAGGUGGAAGUUUUAUUCAUGUUGUGAUCUGGAGGGGGUUUUAAUGGCGCUUACAAACAUAUCUUUGCGUUUCAAGUUUCCACCACUACAAUCUUCCACAUUCAACCACACUUGUAGAAAACCUUUCUCCAUCGCUUGCUCCAAGGCCGGAGAUGACGGCGAAAAAGGAGCUGUUGACGGUGGCGAAAAGCCGCGGAAGUUAUCAGAGCAGUCAUCGUGGGAAGUAAAAGACUCAGAAGGAAAAGACUAUCUCUACAGGCUCGGGGCGGAGUCAGAGAACAUGAACAUAGCUGUGGGAGCAAGAGCCGGGAUGAUCGAUGACGUAUUCAUCGGAGACUUUCUUGGCAAAGAUUCUGAUAUUGUGUUUGAUUAUCGUCAGAAGGCAACAAGGUCCUUUGAACAUCUUCAAGGAGAUUACUACAUUGCUCCAACCUUCAUGGAUAAAGUUGCUGUUCACAUUGUGAAGAACUAUCUUGCUAGUUCUCUAAAUAUAAAAAUCCCAUUGAUCUUAGGUAUAUGGGGAGGUAAAGGACAAGGCAAAACGUUUCAGACCGAACUUAUAUUCAAAACCAUGGGAGUUGAACCUGUUAUAAUGUCUGCCGGAGAGUUGGAAUCUGAUAGAGCUGGGGAACCGGGAAGACUCAUACGUGACCGCUAUAGAACAGCUUCACAAGUCAUUCAGAACCAAGGGAAGAUGAGUGUUCUCAUGAUCAAUGAUAUUGAUGCUGGCCUUGGUAGAUUCGGGGAAACACAAAUGACAGUGAACAACCAGAUAGUUGUCGGUACUCUGAUGAACCUUGCGGAUAAUCCUACAAGGGUAAGUGUGGGACAAGACUGGAGAGAUGCUGACACUGUCAACAGAGUUCCUCUCAUUGUCACAGGGAACGAUUUCUCCAGGCUAUAUGCUCCACUCAUCCGUGAAGGAAGAAUGGAGAAGUUCUACUGGCAGCCAACUCGUGAAGAUAUAGUUAACAUUGUUAGCAGAAUGUACGAGAAAGAUGGGAUAUCAAGGAAAGAUGUUGUAAGCAUUGUUGAUCAGUUUCCAAAUCAAGCACUUGACUUCUAUGGAGCACUAAGGUCACGUACAUAUGAUAGAUCUAUCCUCAAGUGGGUAGAUGAAGUUGGAGGAAUAGAGACUCUAGAGAAAACUCUUCUCAGGCGUAAAAAGACCAAAGAGGUUCCUCAAUUCAUUCCCCCUGAGCAAACGGUGGAGGCGUUGCUGGAAUCAGGAUACUCGCUCAUUAAGGAACAAAAACUCAUCAAUGAAACAAAGCUUUCCAAGGAGUACAUGAAGAACAUUGACGAUUAAAUACCAAACAAACAAA